AUGUUAAAAAAACUCUUUCCUUCAAAAAUUGCUAACAAUGAUCGUAUCGGAUUUGGGUACUUUUAUGAUAGAUAUUAUACCAAUGCUAAAAGACCUGGCAUGAAAAUCUUCCUCUUCUAUGCAGCAUUUAUUGUAUGCAAUUAUUAUCCAUGUAAAUUCAUCUACCGAUAUAUUUAUGAGCACCCGUACUGGGAGAAGAGACAAAUUGAAAAGGAUAAACAAAAGGAAAUUAGACAAGCCAUACUCAUGUCUUCAAGUAGAGACAGAAGAGAGGAUUUACGUGAUUUUUACAAAGAGUAUUACCUCACACAAUUAUUAAUUAAUUCUUCCGAUAAUCAUACUUCUCAAUCACCAUCCAAACAUUCCGAAUCACCUUCAUCCAACAACUCUACUUCCCAACAACAUGACAUCAUUAGCAAGGAAAAUGAUGAUGCCUUGCUUCAAAUUAUCAAGACAUGGAAUGUAAUUGGAGAGGAAGAGUCAAAUCUAAUUAGUAGAAUUAUCAGAACAAAUGAAGUUCUCCAGCUAUUUCCAAACAGAAAAUGA